AUGUACUUGGGCUAUGUGCUGGACAAGGACUCCCCCGUGUAUCCAGGCCCUGCCAGGCCAUCCAGCCUCGGUCUGGGCCCUCCGGCCUACGCGCCACCCGGCCCGGCGCCCGCACCCCCGCAGUACCCCGACUUCGCGGGUUACACGCACGUGGAGCCCGCGCCUGCGCCCCCUCCGACCUGGGCCGCGCCCUUCCCUGCGCCCAAGGACGACUGGGCAGCUGCCUAUGGCCCGGGCCCCGCGGCCCCUGCCGCCAGCCCGGCCCCGCUGGCCUUUGGGCCCCCUCCGGACUUUAGCCCGGUGCCAGCACCUCCCGGGCCUGGUCCUGGCCUCCUGGCGCAGUCCCUCGGCGGCCCGGGCGCACCGUCCUCGCCAGGAGCGCAGAGACGGACGCCCUACGAAUGGAUGCGGCGCAGCGUGGCAACCGCAGGCGGCGGUGGCAGCGGUAAGACUCGGACCAAGGACAAAUACCGAGUGGUCUACACAGACCACCAGCGCCUGGAGCUGGAAAAGGAGUUCCACUACAGCCGGUAUAUCACCAUCCGACGCAAGUCCGAGUUGGCUGCUAACUUGGGGCUCACAGAGCGGCAGGUAAAAAUAUGGUUCCAGAACCGUCGAGCCAAGGAGCGCAAAGUGAACAAGAAGAAACAGCAACAGCAGCAGCCACUACCUCCCUCGCAGCUGCCCCUGCCGCUGGAUGACAACCCCACACCAUCAGGGCCACCCCUGGGUAGUCUAUGCCCCACCAGUGCUGGCCUUCUGGGUACCCCCUCCCCAGUGCCUGUCAAGGAGGAAUUUCUACCCUAG